GAACUUCCAGUAGUACCGGUGGGAAAACAUUUGAAGCCAAGCAUGGGAGACUGCGCGCGGCUGGAAACAAACUAAAGAGCCGAUGCAGAUUUUCGCUUAAAAUAGAAAUAGCAAGCUUUAUAUCUGAUAGGAAUCUUCAACUAGAGUCUGCAUAGAUUAUAUUGAUCACUUCAAACUCUUAAUAUUAAAUAGGUGUGGGCGAUGUAACUUUAGCUAGUAAUUCGCUAACCUCUUAGCUAGCGUUAGCUAAGCUAAGCUGGGCAGUAACGGCAGCGUUAGUUCAGUUUUGUUAAUGAUGAAAAUAUUUUAAUUUUAUACUUUAUUAGCUAAUAUUUUGGCUGUCCAGAAGCCCACCAUAAUGGCAAGCGUGCACGAGAGUCUGUAUUUCAACCCUAUGAUGACGAACGGAGUGGUCCAAGCUAACAUAUUUGGGAUUAAAGACUGGGUCACUCCUUAUAAAAUAGCAGUUUUAGCUUUGUUGUAUGAAAUGGCAACAACCAAGCCGAUGGCCCUUCUGGACAGGAGAAGAUUAAACAAGCUCAUUUUACCUCUACAGCAGGGUUCAGAUUUAACAUUUGAACAGUUUCUGAAGACUGUGGAGGAAUGCUGUCCUCUUAUGGUUGAGGCUGUUAAACGUAGGCUGUUUCUAAUGGCUGACAGAGAGCUGCAGGACAUGGAGCACUUUUUUGCCAUUCUGCCCAGUGCUUUUAGUGAUUCUGAAGCCUUUAAGACCAGUGUUGUGGGUCUGUUUAUGCGUCAGAUGCUGCUGGCCUAUAACAAGUUGUCCUUCAGUCAGGUCUAUAAACUCUACAGAUCGCUUCAGCAGUACAGCCAACGUGGAGGCCGAGCUCUCAGCCAAGACCAGCGGCAGCGUGACCACUCCGCUGUGACCACAGAGGACAUGGAGCUCACCAGCAAUGAGGAUACCAGCGCAGAUCCUAUGGAGAAAGACGAGCUGGACACAGGACCACUGCACCAAUCAGACCUGCGCUCGGACGAGACUCGAGGUCCUCUCUCUCAGAAACAAGCUGAAUACUUCCUCGCCCGACAGGCGUACCUGUUGAAGAAUGAUGAGAACAAAGCCAUGAAGCCGGCGAAGCUGCAGGAUGAACUCAACAAUAUUCUUAAAUUCAACCCUGAUUUUGCCGAGGCGCAUUACCUGAGCUAUCUGAACAGCAUGCGAGUCCAGGACAUUUAUAUCUCCACCCACAGCCUGCUGCACUACUUCGACCGCCUCAUCCUGUCAGGAGGAGAAGGGAAGAGUAGUGGAGACGAGGGUUAUGGCCGCAGUCUGAGAUACGCCGUCCUCAAUCUGGCAACCUUGCACUGUCGCUUUGGACACUAUCAGCAGGCUGACCUGGCUCUGCAGGAAGCUAUUCGAAUUGCACAGGAAGCCAAUGAUCAUGUCUGUCUACAACACUGCCUGAGUUGGUUGUACACACUGGAGCAGAUGAAGGGGUCUGACAGCGUGGUGCUGACUGAAGACUCCGUCAAAAUGGCUGCACACUUUUGUUUACCUUAUCUGGCAUCUCUGGGCAUCCAGUCGCUGGUCCAACAGGGUGCGCUGCAUGGCAUGUCUGCCAAUAAGCUGCUGGAUGCUCUUCGGGGGACAGACAUCAUGCACUGGAAGCAGAGCCUAUCAGAACUGAUAGACAUCAGCCUGGCUCAGACUGCAUCUAUAUGGAGGAUGUAUGGAAAGAGCACAAUGGCAAGGCAGCAGGCUCAGCUCCUUUUGAACAUGAACAGUUUAGAGCCGGUGAACUUUGGCGUUCAACAAAACAACACCGAGCCUUUUGCCAUUGCACUCUGUCACCUGGCUGAACUUCACGCUGAACAGGGUCUGUAUGGUGCUGUGAGUGACAUAAUCAAACAUCUCAAGCAGCAGUUUCCUCCUCACACUCAGCAUGCCAAGCUGUGGAUGCUGAGUGACCUGAAGAUCCAGUUUGAAAAAGCUAUGAAUGAUGGGAGAUAUCAUCUGGCUGAGCCAUAUGUGACUGCCAUUUCUGCCCUGAACACCACAGAGGGGCUGUACAGGAAAGCCCAGCUAUUGAAGGCCCUGAAUCAGACAUCUGAAGCCUCCAAAAUCUUGCAGCGUGUUCAGAACCUGAGCGAGAAGAGCAAGAACACUGAGAUGAUCAUCAGGGUGAUGCUGGCCACUGCUGAACUGCACUGGGAUUCUUCAGGGUUUGCUACAGCUCUCCCGCUCCUGCUGCAGGCUUUAGCUUUAGCACGACAGCAUAACCUACAAAGCCUAGAGUCUGAGACUAUACUGCACCUGGCCUUUACACAGCUAAUGUUGGGCAUUCCGGAGCAGGCUCUGGCUCUGGUGCAGGACGUGCUGGAGUGUGUGCUAGCUCAUGGAUCUGUGCUGGAUAAGGCCCGGGCGCUGCUGCUGACAGCUCGCUGCCAGGCUACGCUUGCUGUGUCUGCACCAGAAGAACAGAGAAUGCACGCUGUAGAGCUGGCAGUGCAGACGUUAGGUGAGUCCGCUGUGUACUUCUCUCACCUGAACUGUAAGCUCCGCCUGAGGGAGGUCUAUUACCUGCAGGCUCGAUUACAUCACAGCUUGGGAAAUAUACAGGAGAGAAAUAAAAGUGCUUUGCUCUUUCGCCUGCUCAACCAGGAGCUUCCUCCAGCGACCAACAUGGCUGUCCCUCAGCUGUAAAGCAGCACACGCUUGCGCUUACUCAGUAAGCAGUAGGCCUGGGGUACUGAUUUCCAUUUUGUUUGAUUGUGUUAUUGUAAAAAGUGCCAAAUACAUUUUGUUUUGUACAAAA